GAGAGAGAGAGAGAAAGAUAGAGAGCGAACAGGCAGUGAGACGAUCACGAUGCACGGAGGCGAGCACAAGCGGCCAGGGGCACAGGGCUGAGGGCUGAGGGCUCGACAGGGCCUGGAAUAACGUUCACGGGACGGCCGUGGGCCAGUCAGCAGCUAUGGAACAAACGAAAACUCCCGCGUCCCGGCUACUCAGCACGAGUUGCAUAGAGAAUAAGGACGACUUGGAAGAGAAAUUUGAAAGAUGUUAUACAGUACUACAAAAUCUAACUACAGGACUCUCUGAAAAGGAAGCCCAUGAUACGUUAAACAAUGCUGUGUGCAAGGACAAAACACACGAAGAAGUUUCAUUAGGAUUGUUGGUAGUCAUUUUGACAGAUCCUCAAAAUGCUGCAAAAAGUUACAGGGACUUGACAUUAAUUACACGGGAUGGUCUUGCAAUUGUGUUAGGACAUCUUAAUCAAUUAGUACUUGAAAGAUACCUACGAUUGAAUGAUGUGACUAGAAGUCAGUUAUUAUGGUUAUUGAGAGAGAUGAUAAGAACCAGUGUAGCUAGUGUGGAUAACCUUUGUUUAAGUCUAUUGAGGCAUGCAGCUGGUGGUGAUAUUUCACCACGAAAUUUGUUUUUAGUUGAUGCACUUUUAGACAUUUUUCAAGAAAAUCGACCUUGGCUGGACAAAUUUCCUUUUCUAGUAGCAUCCAUUGUUUAUACCUAUUUACGAUUAAUAGAAGAUCACAAUGCACCUCAUUUGUCUGGCUUACGUCAAAAAGAAGUUACUUUUACUGUUUCUUUAAUAAGAGAACGUAUGGUUGAUUGUUUAGUUAUUGGAAGGGAUUUGGUACGCUUGUUACAAAAUGUUGCACGUAUAACUGAAUUUGAGGCACUUUGGAAGGACAUGCUUCUGAAUCCAAAGUCUCUUUGUCCAAAUUUCAAUGGUGUCCUUCAACUUUUACAGACUAGGACUUCUAGAAGGUUUCUACAAUCCAGGCUUACACCAGAUAUGGAAAGAAAAUUAGUAUUUUUAACCAGUCAAGUCCGUUUUGGUAAUCAUAAACGGUAUCAAGAUUGGUUUCAAAGGCAGUACCUGGCUACCCCAGAAUCACAAUCUUUAAGAUGUGAUCUUAUACGAUUCAUUGUUGGUGUUAUUCAUCCAACAAAUGAAUUAUUGUGUUCAGAUAUUAUACCGCGAUGGGCAGUAAUAGGAUGGUUAUUUACGACUUGCACAUCAACUGUGGCUGCAAGCAAUGCUAAACUGGCUUUAUUUUAUGACUGGUUGUUUUUUGAACCUGAAAAAGAUAAUAUAAUGAACAUUGAACCUGCAAUUCUUGUCAUGCACAAUUCCAUGAGAUCCCAUCCACCAGUCACUGCCACAUUGUUAGAUUUUUUAUGCAGGAUAAUACCAAAUUUCUAUCCACCUUUAACCGAAAAAGUACGGAAUGGAAUCUUCUCAUCAUUGAGACAAAUUUUGGAGAAGCGGGUUUUGCCAAGUCUUUAUCCAUUGUUCGAUAGUCCCAAGUUAGAUCGUGAAUUAAGAAGCAAAAUAAGAGAAACGUUCAAAGAAUUCUGUUUACCGCCUAAUGCAGAUCCUGGAAAUAAGGUUCCUGUAUAUUCAGGUAAAAUGGAGGAACUUAAUAAGGAUCUUACACCAGGGGCUACACUGGAAAAUGCUGCAAAUACACUAGUUGAAAAUAAUCAUGUAAAUCAAGACCCAGAACCAGCUUUUAGUGAUGAAGAAGAGGACAUGCCAUUGAGGAUAGUGACUAAAGUAGAAGAGGAAGAUGAAGAAGAUGUUCCAUUGGCAAAUGUGAAGUUGAAAAACGAACAGAAGAAUGCAAAUUGUGUAGUGAAGAAAGAAGAUAUUACAUCUCAGUUAAAUUUAAUUUUAGAACCAGAGGAGUUAAGGACUGCUGUAGAAAGUUUACACAGUGAAACAGACAAUGAAGUGAGGUGUCAAACGAUGGAAAGGAUAGUACAAAUGGUUAUAGAAGAUGAAAUAGAUGCAGAAACUAUACCAGCAUUAGCUUCUUGCAUAUCAACUAUCUUAUCCUCACAAAUUACAUCCCAAAUAUUUCCAACAGAAAAUUUGAAUGAAGAAGCCUUGACUGAUAGUAUAAGCACACCGUUGUUUGUAAUGUUUCGAAAUCAGUUUCAGUUGUGUAAAGAAGAGGACAAUAGGCGGAAACUUUUAGCUCGGGUACUUGCAGAAAUACAGAACGUUCAACCAAGGAUAGGUUACCUGCUACUUUAUUUUUUGAAAGUCUGGGGCAGAGAAGAGGAAAAACGGGAGGGCGAACCAAGCUUUGCCAUGAAGAUAACAUAUUCAUGCUGUGUUACCUUGUGCCUGAUGUAUACAUGGGCUUUCAAAAUGUAGCUCUUGGAAAUGUACAAUUAUUGCAUUUGGUUGUCUCGACUGUUGAUGCAUGCCAAUUGCAAGAAUUAGUUUGCCAAAUAAUGCAAGGACAUUUAAAAAUGUUAAAAAAGGAAUCAUUUACAUCACUUUUGACAGCAAGUUUAAAUUGGGAAACUUUUGAACAAUAUUGUUUCUGGCAGCUUAUCUUUGCCCAUGAUUUUCCAAUUGAUUAUGUAUUACCCGUUUUACCUAAAUUACAAUUUCGAGAUCACGCAGAAGCAUUAACAUCGAUAUUGUUUAUGCUCAAACAAGAAAAGCCAACGUUAGAACUUUUGCGACAAUUGCUUGCACGGCAAAAUGUAGAUGGAGAUAUGUUUGUUGUGGCGGCAUUACGUUACUGGUGCCGCGAUUACGAAGAAAAACUUGGUGAGUUGCUCGCGAAUCUUCUAAUUACUCGUUAUCCUGCUACGAGUCCAAACAAACGGAAACGAUCUAGUGCUAAACACAAUCAACAAUCUGGUCCACCUACUGGCGAACAAGUUCUUGGUCAUUUGGAUCAAUUAAGACAACACUGUAUGUCAUCCGCUGAAUUGCAGCUUUAUCAUUCCGAAGGAAUGCAAAGAGCUCUACAACAAGCACAAGCAGCUAGUAGUGAUUCUUUAAGAAAAAGUUAUGGAGAUUUAUUCGCCCUCGCGGAAGUUAACGAAGAAAAUGAACCUCCUCCACCUCCACCAACAAGCUCGGCACGAAAACAUGCAGCGGCAUCGGCUGGAGGUGGCGGAGGUGCUGGUGGUAAAGGUCACAGAAAAACUGGUGCUAACACGAGGGAAAGGUCUAGUUCAAAAAGGCCGCUUCCUCGGUAUCAUUUGGACAGUACAUCUAGUAGCGAGGAAGAAGAAAUUGUGAAUGUAAAACAAGCAAAGAAGAGAAAAAAAAUUAAUCCAGUGGGCUCCGAUAGCGACUGACCACCCAGUGUCUUCAGAUGUCACAUGGACCACGUCACGUGUGUGCAGCAAGCUAAAUUAGCCUUAAAAAUAGUAAGAUAAUAUAGUAUACGUAAUAGAUCUAUCUAGCGCGACUUGUAAAUAUAGUAAUAUGUGGAAACCGAAUGCGAAACGAUAUCACAAGCAUAUAUUUCGCAAAUAUUGUAUAUUAACAACGUUGCCAGAUUCUGUAUUUUCAUUAAUUUCAUUACUUGUGUCAAACACAUUCUAACGAAAGGUGUUUAGAAUGUAUGUGAUAUAUAACGAGAAGAAGAUAAAUUUAUAAAUACUGGUUAUAGCUUUUCUAGGUAAAUACGUAUGACAGAUUAACUUGUCAUGGCAGAUCAAUAUUCUGAAUUUUUUUCAGAGACAAAAAGAAUUUUACUAGGUAUCUGUCAGAUAAAGUUACCGAGAGGCAAAACUAGUCAUAAAUUAAAUUAUUUUGAUACACUCUUAAAUAUACGAGAAAUAUGAAUUUAAGAGUUGAAAAUUGAAUCUGGCAACAUUACAGGAGAUAAAGCGAGACGAAGAUAUUUCUCUUCGUGAUCACUUUAUUUCUAAGAAAAGAGAGAAAUGAAAAAUCGUUACCCAUUUUGUGGUCAUCAACAAAGAAUGCAGGCACGAUCGUGCUUAGUUUUACCAAUAAUUUGUUUAUUAAUUUUGCGAUUAGUAUAAUUGACCCUAUUGUCCAAAUUUAUUUCGUUUUCUUUUUCAUUGUGCGAUAAUUAUGAUAAGAUUCGCGUCUCACAAAAUAAUUAACAAAGGAAAAAAAAACAUGGUUACUUUUUGUUGCCAUAAACUGUGAACGCAAUUUAUAAGAAUCGUUGAUAGCUUUUUAUUAGAAUUAAGGACCUUCUGCAGGAGGAUAAGGAUAUAUUAAGAAUGCCUCGCUCCAGCAUGAAGCGUACAGUUUUACGACCAAAUGUAUAUUUUACGUCUGCGCUUAGUAAGCAUAAUCAUUCUCAAGACGCAAGAAUUUUGUACGAUGGAAGGUUGUCUACUUUUUUUUUUUUUUUUUAAAA